GUGUGUGUGUGUGUUUUUUUUUAAAAAGAAGUGAAAUGCACAAGUUUGUGGACUUUUCUCAGAGACGUGAGAGGACGUUAGUGGACGUGGCCAAGUCCAUCAGCCACGACGUGAUCUCACGUCUUGUAGGUUACGUGUGUGAUUGCAGGAGGUGUGCAGAGUGCAAGGUUCUCUAACCGUUUGGACUUCUGUCUCGGAGGCACCGCACAUAUAUGAGAGAGUAGAUCACCGGGGAUCCACAGCUCGAGCUUCAAUCUGUACAGGAUCUGGUCGGUCUGCUGUGAGGUUUUAUACACUCCCGACAUGUCGUGUCUGUUUGUGGGGGGUCUGAAAAGGUGGGAUGUUUUGGGUGCCGCAUUCGGGGUCCGCUCUCUGGCCAGCAUCCCUUCUCUCCCCAAAGCCGUGGCGGAGUUCGUGUCGGACGCCGUGGCAGAAUGCAAACCCUCUCGAGUGCACUUGGUGACCGGCAUGGCCGAGGAGACGGCGGACAUUUUGGCUGGCUUGGAAAAAGAAGGAAUGGUGAAAAAAUUGCCCAAGUAUGAGAACUGCUGGCUGGCUCGUACAGACCCCAAAGAUGUGGCUCGCGUGGAGAGCAAGACGGUGAUCGUUACUAAGCACCAGAGAGACACAGUUCCCAUUCCCAGCAACGGCGUGAAGAGUCAGCUCGGCAGCUGGAUGAGCGAGAGCGACUUCCAGAAAGCCAGAGCAGAACGAUUCCCUGGCAGCAUGUCAGGUCGGACGAUGUACGUGAUCCCAUUCAGCAUGGGUCCGGUGAACUCCUCUCUAGCAAAAUUUGGCGUUCAGUUAACGGAUUCUCCGUAUGUGGUGGCCAGCAUGGGAAUAAUGACCCGCAUGGGCUCGCCGGUCCUGGAGAAACUGUCAGAGGGGGCGGAAUUUGUUCGCUGCCAGCACUCGUUAGGUCGACCUCUACCACUUAAAGCUCCGUUGAUAAAUCAGUGGCCUUGCAAUCCAGACAAGGUGCUGAUUUCACAUCUCCCAGAUAGCAGGCAGAUCCUAUCUUUCGGGAGUGGAUAUGGCGGGAAUUCCCUUCUGGGAAAGAAGUGUUUUGCACUUCGUAUUGCUUCUCGCAUUGCCAAAGAUGAAGGCUGGCUAGCUGAACACAUGCUGAUUCUAGGAAUCACAAAUCCUCAGGGUGUGAAGCGAUACAUUGCGGCAGCUUUCCCAAGCGCUUGCGGCAAAACCAACUUGGCUAUGAUGAAGCCGACACUUCCAGGUUGGAAGGUUGAGUGUGUAGGAGACGAUAUCGCCUGGAUGAAGUUCGACAGUCAGGGUAAACUCAGAGCCAUCAACCCAGAAAACGGUUUCUUUGGCGUGGCUCCUGGUACGUCUAUGAAAACCAAUCCUCAUGCCAUGGAAACUAUUUCGAAGAACACGAUAUUCACAAAUGUGGGUGAGACGAGUGACGGCGGUGUUUGGUGGGAGGGUCUUGACCUGCCGGCGCCUUCCAUCACUCUGAAUGACUGGCAUGGAAAUUUAUGGAAUCCUGGUGAUUCAAAACCCUGUGCGCACCCAAACUCGAGGUUCUGCACCCCUGCGUCCCAGUGUCCCAUCAUGGACCCCAUGUGGGAGAGUGACGAAGGAGUACCAAUAGAUGCCAUCAUCUUUGGUGGCCGGAGACCAGAAGGAGUGCCGCUUGUGUACGAAUCAUUCAACUGGCAACAUGGAGUGUUUGUUGGUGCUGCCAUGAGAUCAGAAUCUACAGCAGCUGCAGAACAUAAAGGUAAAGUGGUCAUGCACGAUCCUUUCGCUAUGCGUCCGUUUUUUGGCUACAACUUUGGUGACUACCUGAGCCACUGGCUGAGCAUGGAGACGAGGAAAGGACCCACGCAGCUCCCCAAGAUCUUCCACGUCAACUGGUUUCGGAAAGAUCCGCAGACCAAGUCCUUCCUGUGGCCUGGGUUCGGUGAGAACUCCCGAGUGCUCGAGUGGAUCUUCCGACGCUGCGGACGCACCAGCGAAGACGAGGCGGCCAGAAAAAGCAUCAUAGGAUGGUUACCUAAGGAGGGCGCCAUCAACACACAAGGCCUUGGCGAAAAAGUCAAUAUGGAGGCACUCUUUGACGUUCCUAAACCUUUCUGGCAAAAAGAAGCCCAAGAGAUAAAAGCCUACUUCACGCAGCAGGUGGGAGCUGACCUGCCCAAGCAGCUAGAGGCAGAGCUAAGGGCGCUCGAGGAGAGAGUCAGGGAUUGAAAGAUGAGGACUUGAUGUUUUAAAAUACACUACUUUAAUAUGUUUGCUGUAUCGUGCAAGGCAGUUUGAGCAUGAGUUGGGGAAGUAACUAAUCUUUUUACAAUCCUGCAAUAAUAAUAAUAAUAAUAAUAAUAAUAAUAAUAAUUAUUAUUAUUAUUAUUAUUAUAAUUAUAGUAAUAAUUAUAAUAAUGAAAUACACCAGCCACAUAAAGCUAAAACUUAUUCAAAGUUUUUCAUUGGCCUAUUGUCUUGAUGCAAUACAAAAAUCAUCACCUUGAGGUUUACUUGAGUUUGAUAUUCAGUGAUGGGCAUCUUAAAAGCCAUUGGACCAAAAAAACUGUUUAAGAGACUUAUGAAAAGGCUGUGAAUGCAUUUACUUGACCUGACUGAAUAAACCGCUGAAAAUCUC